AUGACCACACUGAUGGGAAAACUUGAAGCAGUAAGUGAAGAACAGGAAGAUGAAAUGGACAUCAGCCAGGAAUGCGCAGCAUGUUACAGUAAUUGGCUGCCCCGCUGGGAUGAUUUAAAGUCACUAGCUAAGUAUCAGCCAAUCUAUGAGUCUUUGCAUCAGUACCAAUGGAAGAGACCACGGCCAGUCAUGUCACAGGCAUCUGUUCUUUGUCGUGAGGUGACAGAGAUACUUAAAGAUGGUUCCCGGUCCAUGGACCUUCGAGAACUACAUUGGCUCCUGAGAAAACCUGAUUUCCGGGCCUUGCUGUCUGUUCACGACACUGUGGCUCAGAAAGACUAUGAACCUCUGCUGCCGCCGCUGCCAGAUGACAUCCCUGAAGAUGAGGAAGCCUUGCGGAUAGUGUGCCUGGUGAAAAACAGCCACCCUUUGGGUGCUACAAUCAAACGUCAUGAGGUGACUGGCGCCAUAGUGAUAGCUCGAGUGAUCUGUGGUGGUCUUGCCGACCGCAGCGGGUUGUUGUUCGCUGGGGACAAAUUAGUCGAGGUAAAUGGAAUACCAGUAGCGGGGCUUGAUCCUGAACACAUCAUCAAGCUCCUGAGCAAGUCAGAAGGCAGCAUCAUGUUCAAACUUGUUCCAGCAUCCCAUCGACCAGCAAACACCUCACAAAACAUUUAUGUGAGAGCACUGGUGGACUACAGCCCAAGGUAUGAUUCCUCGAUUCCUUGUCCCGAAGCUGGUUUGACCUUCAAAAGAAGAGACAUUCUGCAGAUUGUUGACCAGAAUGACACGCUCUGGUGGCAGGCCCGGAACGUCACAACCCUUUCGAGAUGUGCAGGUCUAAUUCCUUCAAGCAGCUUGCUCAAAAGGAAGCAAAGGGAGUUCUGGUGGUCCCACUCCUUCCAACUGCACACUUGCACUAAAUCAGUGAGCACAGUGGAAGAGGAAGAUGACAUAGCAAUUGAUGAGAAAUUUGUUGAAACAGAUGAAGAAACCUUUGAAUCAGAGGAACUCAGAGAAGAGGAUGCUGAGUUCAAUGGAUAUAAACAAGGAUUGUACAUUGCAGGAUUCAGGAAGAGCAUGCGACUCUGCCGCAGGAAAUCGAAGAGCAGCCAACUACAAUGCUCUGCGUGUUCCCCAAGCAACAGCUAUAUUAGCACGGUGUCACCCUAUGAGGAGGUGGUGAGAUACCAGCGAGGCCCCACCGACAAGCACAGGUUGAUUGUCCUUGUGGGACCCUCAGGUGUGGGAGUGAAUGAACUCAGAAGAGCACUGAUUGAGACCAACCCACAUCUGUUCCAGAGUCCAGUACCACAUACCACCAGGUCACCAAUCAGCUAUGAGGAAGAUGGUCGGGAAUAUUACUUUGUUUCCAGGGAAACGUUCGAAGCCAUGGCACUGAGUCACAGGUUUCUGGAGCACGGAGAAUACAAGGGCCAUCUUUAUGGCACCAGCAGGGAGGCUGUACGCUUGAUUCUGGAUUCAGGGUUAAUUUGCGUAAUAGACCUCGAACCACAGAGAAUUCCAGAGGCACGAACAAAGGAGCUAAAGCCCUUCAUCAUAUUCAUCAAACCUCCAAGCGUUAGGCGUCUCCAGCAGACUCGUGCACAUAGCAGUAUUAUCACCGAGUAUUGUGUCAACAGGUCUUUCAAGGAGGAAGAUUUACAGGAGAUGCAGGACGUAUCUGAGAAGAUGCUGAACUACUUUGGGCAUUUGUUUGACUCUGUGAUUGUGAAUGAUGAGCUUGAGGACACUCGCUUGCAACUACUUUCUGUUGUCAAAGAGGCACAGGCUGGUUCACACUGGGUGCCUGCAGCUUGGCUAAACUCAGACUCGGGCUCUUAAUUCCUGUAUCAUGGGGCGUCAGAGACGGGUAACUUGCUUAGUGCGACCUAGUCUUGAUAUCCAACAUAUGCUGUUUGAUGAGAUAGUGUAAUAUGCGCACUACAUGUAAACCUGAGCUGUACCUUACCCGGAACCACAUAAUAUCUCUGUGUGGAUGAGAUUUGCUCUGCAUCUAACCCAUGCUUUUGUAGGAUUGUUUGAUUGAUAUUUACCCUGCAUGAAAUUAACGCUGGACCUAGCUGG